CACUUGCAUCCAAUCUUCUCUUCUCACAGGGCCUUUGUCAGGAGUCGUCGUCGUUCCCGAAAUGCAGGGCUACAACCACGAAGAAGCCCAACGAAACCAUCGAGAACUCGUCGAUGGUCAAGCCAACAUACUUCGACGGCUCGACAACAUUGACGCCCGUUUAGACAAUAUCGAAGGCACUGUUUCGUCUUUAUUGCGAGUUCACCAAAACGCCAGCGAGCUUUUACGACCUCAUGCUCGCUUCCCAAACCUCAACCUACGACACCGGAAUGGCGCAGUUGGUCAAGGCAAUGGAGGUGUUGGUGGUCAUCGUGGAGGUCGUGGAGGUCGUGGAGGUCGCACUCAAUAGCCUUCUUCUAUUCUGUUACCAUCUUCCACAUUCAUUCUUUUUAACCCAAACGGCACUCGUCUUUGCCUCUUUAUAUGCUUGUCACCUCUCCAUCACUCCUUACAUUAUUGCGAAUCUUGAUGCAUCUAUCUAACUGCGCG